GAUACAUGCUCUAGAGACAGCCGAAUUGCCUCAGGUCUCAACCUCCUCCCUCUUUCUCGUUCUACAUGCAUAGAAUCUAAAGGAAACCCUCUCUUCCUUUCUUCUUCUCUCUCUCUAGACCUUCUUCUCUUCUCUCUCUAGACUAUAGAAUCAGUGCUGCUAAUUCUUGUAUCCUCUUUCUCUCUCUAUCCCCUGAUCAUUCUUGUAACCUCAUAUUUCCUGUGAUUCGCUCUCUCUGAUACCAAUGUCUGUAUGAAAUGAAAAAUCCCACUCCAAUGACAGGCUCAAAAGACAAAACUCUCUUUCUCUCUCUACUAUUCACUACCUCUCUCUUACUAGCUCUUCUCAAAACCACCUCCGCAGAUGAGCAACCCUCUCUCUUAUUUCCAAACCCUAGACUCCAAAAUGCUUACAUUGCUCUACAGGCAUGGAAACAUGCCAUUGUUUCAGACCCAAAAAACAUAACCAGAAAUUGGGUAGGCCCAAAUGUUUGCAAUUACACAGGGGUCUAUUGUGCAAGAGCUUUAGAUGACCCCCAUAUCACAGUAGUUGCAGGCAUUGAUGUAAACCAUGAUGAUAUUGCUGGCUAUUUGCCUGAGGACCUAGGCCUUCUCACUGAUCUUGCCCUGUUUCAUAUAAAUUCCAACAGAUUUUGUGGAACCAUUCCCAUGAGCUUCAAAGACCUUAAGCUUCUUUUUGAGCUCGAUGUGAGCAAUAACAGAUUUGCAGGUGCUUUUCCUUAUGUUGUUCUCUCUUUAAAAUCCCUCAAAUAUUUGGACCUCCGGUUCAACGAAUUUGAAGGGAAGGUACCCAAAGAGCUAUUCGACAUGGAUUUGGAUGCUAUAUUUGUGAACCAUAAUCGGUUUCGGUUCCAAAUCCCAGAAAAUUUUGGGAAUUCACCUGUUUCUGUGGUUGUUUUCGCAAAUAAUGGUCUGAGAGGGUGCCUUCCUAAGAGUAUAAGCAAAAUGGCUCCAACAUUAAAUGAGAUUAUACUUUCAAGCAAUGGGCUUAGCUCAUGUUUGCCUCAGGAGAUUGGUGAGCUCAAAAAUUUGACUGUUUUUGAUGUGAGCUUCAACAAUUUCACAGGAGAAUUGCCUGAAAGCAUUGGAGAAAUGGUUUCAUUAGAGCAACUCAAUAUAGAGCACAACAAGUUUUAUGGGGAGAUACCAGAGAGCAUUUGCUUACUACCCAAUUUGGAAAACUUCACUUUCUCUGAUAACUUCUUUGUUGGGGAGCCCAAGGAGUGCAAGGCUGGUAGAAAUACAAAUUCCAGUGCGAGAAUUACAGUCAGUGAUAGAAAGAACUGUAUUCCUUAUGCCAAGUCACAGAGGUCAGAGAAAGAGUGUGAGAGUUUUUACAAAAAGCCACCUCAGUGCGACCCAAGGUGCUCACCGCCACCACCGCCGCCGCCUCCCCCACCGCCACCUCCUCCUCCUCCUCCACCACCUCCGCCACCGCCUCCCCCUCCCCCUCCCCCUCCCCCUCCCCCUCCACCACCACCACCACCACCACCACCACCACCUCCAAAAUAUUAUUAUUAUUCUCCACCGCCUCCACCCCCUGUUUAUCACUAUGGUUCACCUCCGCCUCCGCCCCCUGCUUAUCACUAUGGUUCACCUCCGCCUCCGCCCCCUGUUUAUCACUAUGGUUCACCUCCGCCUCCGCCACCAAAAAGUUACUACAAGGUGCCUCCGCCGUCCGAGAAUCACUACAACCCGCCACCUCCACCUUACUACUGAAGGAGUUGGUGUGCUGUUCUUUUUGUUGAAAAGACUAUGAUACCCAGGGACAUAUACAGCGGCCGCUACAUCAAAAAUUGGAGGGUAUUUUAGUAUUUUGGUUGAGUGUAGGUAUCUUGUGAUUUAUUGAGUACAUUUUCCA